CCCCCCCCGAAAAGAAACCAUGGAAAGCAGAACAGAGCUGAAUAAAAAUUGAUAAUAGAAGAGUGGAGCCAGCUAACAGAAACCUCACGCCAACUCGUCUUCGUAACGGGCUUAGCGUCGCUCCAGCUGGGUUACAACCACUGGCUCUGCUACUCGGACACUACGCUCAUCAGGGAAUUUUAUAAUCUAUCGUAUCACAACGUGAUGAAAAAUGCCAGUCAAAAGGAUAAGGCCGAUGUGGUGGUCGGUUUUGCAAGCAGCCUCUUCCCUCUGGGAGCCAUGAUGGGUCACUUCUUGUCGGAGUCCUGGUGGAUAAAUUCGGCAGGAAACAGACAUUGAUGACCAACAAUUACAUUUCCUUGGUGUGCUCCAUGUUGAUGAUUUUCGCCAAACUUCAACACGAAUUCAUCUUUGCCAUGUUUUCACGGUUCCUUAUUGGCAUCUCAAUGGGUAUUUUCUCCAGCGUCAUUCCUAUCUACCUCCUAGAGACCAGCCCCCUGGGUUUGAGGGGUUCCAUUGGCAUGCUGCCCCAUUUCUUUCUAGUGAUCGGGGUCCAAAUGGCUCAGAUAUUUGCCUUUCCUGAACUUCUGGGCACUGUAGAAGCUUGGCCAAUACUGGUGAGUUUGCCUGGGCUGUUGGCUAUCUGGCAGAUCCUUCUGCUCCCUUCCUGCCCUGAAAGUCCGAGGUACCUGUUGAUACAAAAGAAAAAAGAAGAAGAAGCCAGAGAAGCUCUGAAGCGCCUCAGGUUCCAGAGCGAAAUUGAGGAUGAAAUGGAGGAACUCCGACGGGAGGACAUUUUUGAGAAGGACGAGAAGAACAUGACUACCCUGCGGUUGCUGGGUUAUCGUCCGCUCCGUUGGCACCUGGUUUCGGUGGUGGUUAUAGAAACAGGCCAGCAGCUUUCCGGUGUCAAUGUGAUCUACCUCGGCAUUGAGGAAAUGCUCUAUUCUACGGGGUUAAGCCACAAAAACGCCGAUAUUUCCAAAUGAUGACCACUGCCCUGUUAAUCUUGGCUAUCUUAUACGGGAUGUACAUUGUGGAUAGGAAAGGACGGAAAAUCCAGCUUCUCCUUGGAUUUGGGAUGUCCACGGUCUUCUGCCUCUUGCUUACAGUGACCCGAGAUCUACAGGGUAAAUUUGUCUGGCUGACUUUCUUCAACAACAUCCUUGUCAACUUUU